ACUUGGCAACUAGGCUGGUCGUACAAGGCUAGACGAAGAACAGAUAACCUCAAACAGAUAAAUUACGAAGAUCUCGCUGAAUAGUACAAAAUAAUGUCAAUUUAAAAGUUAACAAAAGUUCACGUUUGUAAUAUUGUUUUUUCGCUAUUGUCGAGUGAUUGUUAUACUUAAAUACACGUGGGUAUUUUAAAAUGUGUACAACGACUUUAUUGAAGGUUGAUGACCGAAGAUUAUUAAAGAUCAAUAGGGGUCAAUUACCAAUGAAGAUAUUUGACUGUAACCAGAUCUGUAAGCGUAUAAGAUGUGACCUUGAGUGUCGAUGGACACUUCACAGUGAUCCGAUAAAGACAAUGCUCGUUGUUCAUGUCGCCAAAUCUGGCACAACAGAAAAUUUUUUAGCAUACAAACGCACAGCUUAUCUUAUACAAUGGAGUAGAACGUAUUCGGACACCCAUCAUUUUCCCAAAAAACUUUCGUGUUAUAUCGUCUUAUAUUCUGUAAGUACUACCGCAGAAUAAUAAUACUGACGUUACAUUCCAAGGCACGUGUUUUAGUUUGUAAUUGAUCUUUGAGGACCUCGAAUACUUACAGGUCAUUGCAUACAGCUUAAAACAUGCUGAUAGAAAAUAUACAAACAAAAUUAUUCCAUUUAAAAAAAUAUAUCGAUUUACGUAUCCCUUUUAUAUUUUCAUUUAUCAAAAAAGCUACUGGUAAACAAACUCGAUUUGUUUUAAAUGCUUUACCCUGUAUAUGUGGGACCAAUACUAAAUAUAAUGCAGUGAGUGAGGAGGGGGGGGAGAGAUCACGUAAGAGGCUUUUACCCGUGGGCAGGAUGGAAUUAAAGCAAAUGAAAGUACGAGCGCAACGAAUUAUACCACCUCGCUCGAACGGAAAUCUUCCUACAUACAGAAGUGGUAAACGUCAGAAAAGGUAGCCGCGUGACGGCGCCACGAGAGCGUCGCGACGCAACGCGAACUAUGGUCGUCAGGCGGCGCCGGCCGUUUGUCACGAAACGUGGCGGGGUUGCAGGAGAAGCUCUGCAUGAAAGAAGGAAAAGGAAAGAGUCAGCGAAUUCACGCAACGUGAACUCGAGCAAAAGAGAAAGAACCGAGAAGAGUCACGAACAGAACUGAGCAAACACACGGCGAAACUAGCGCCUCAGUUUACGUUUCUCUUCGUUCCUUUCGUACCAAUAUCGGCUCACAAGAGUGGCACAGUUCGUCGAAGUUAAAUGCCAAUUCGCGACGACUGUGUCUCCUCGAUCCUUUCGUCAAUUACUCCCCGCCUUUCUUUCGUCUUUCUCCGCGCUUUCUAUCACCUUUCCGAUUUUCCAUCCUCCCUGUUACUCGCCGCAUGCGACAUACAAAGGCCUCGAACCUCUUACUCCCAGCUCUGUGGUGAUUUCAUAGUGUAACGAGAGCCAAAAGAAGAAGAAAACGUUGUGCGCGAGACGACACGAAUGCGUGCGAACAUCAUGCGUGCUUUCCUUACGUGUGUAUGUGUUACAUCGGUACGAGGUACGAUAGUGUCUCGUCGUAGGUCUCUUUCGAUCCUACCAGUGACUAAUUGAGCGUGCACCAUUCAGCGAUUUUAUGGCUGGACAAUGCGUCGACCAGGAUAAAGACGGAGAACGGUGGCAUCGUGAAGUCCUCUAAGCUCUGUGAGGAUUAUCCAUCGUCGUACUUUCGUUCCUUUCGUUCGUCUCACGGUUUAAACUACGACGCAUGAAGAGCCGCUUACAAAGAAUUGACAACAAAAAGAGAGAAAGAAACGCUAACAUAAAACGGAACAAACUCCGGCGAAUAAACGAUGCGAUGACUACGGUGGGAAAAGUUGCAAGUAAAUCAGAUGAAUCGAACCGCAGAUAAUACGAAUGUACACGAAAUAAUGUGUAACUUGUUAUGGCCAUUUCUACAUGCGAAAUUUAAAUGAUCGUUCACGCUCUAUAAGAAACUACUCAAUAGCCUGUAAACCUUGCACAGAAAUAUCCAGAAACGAAGGGGUACCCGCGAUGUCUAGAGACAGACGACAGAACAGUAUCGAUUCGUAAAAGAACAGACAUUUCCUGAUCGUUCGGGCAAUAUUAGGGAUUGAUCACGAGAAUAAUUAUGGACGAAAUAAAGGUGGCGAACUUGAGCCAAGCGGCAUCAGCCGCGUGCUCGAUGGCGACGAAUUUCUUGGCGCCGGUGAAAACCGAACGGCAGAUCUACGAGAAUUCGAUGCUAGAGGACGAUCCCAAUGCCAACUCGGUGGUGCCUACUUCGCAAGAAGACAGAACCGUGCCGAGAUGGGGCCCUAAUCACAAGGGUGCCCAAGAGCUCGCGAAUCUUUACAGCACUGGGAAAAGGACACAGGAGUGCGUUUGCGUCGGUAUCUGCAUUACACUGAUGGUGGUUAAUUCAAUAUUUAUCCUCGUUAGGUUACGAUUAGAAAAUGUAAGUUCAAUUGCGAUGGCAGCGUUUUGCGGCAUCGUUACGGCAGAUUUCGCGUCAGGAUUAGUUCAUUGGGCCGCUGAUACAUGGGGCUCCGUGGAACUUCCAAUUCUUGGAAAGAAUUUUUUGAGACCAUUUCGGGAGCAUCAUAUUGACCCAACAAGUAUAACAAGGCAUGAUUUUAUAGAAACUAAUGGUGAUAAUUUCAUGGUCACAAUACCAUUCCUUUGCAAAUUAACAUGGGAGUUUUUAAGUCUCCCAGAGUCGGAGAUCCAGCAGAAAUUUGUUUGGACCUGCUACUGGUUUCAACUUGCAAUUUUUGUAGCGAUGACUAAUCAGAUACAUAAAUGGUCUCACACGUAUUUUGGACUACCUACCUGGGUUGUUUGGUUACAGGAACACAGAAUUAUAUUACCCAGAAAACACCAUCGCGUGCAUCACGUUGCACCACAUGAAACUUAUUUCUGCAUUACUACAGGAUGGUUGAACUGGCCAUUAGAAAAACUUCGCUUCUGGUACAUUCUAGAAGUUUUCAUUGAAAAAGCUACCGGUUGCAAGCCAAGAGCAGACGAUCUGAAAUGGGCACAGAAGCGGUCUUGAGAAUUAAUGUGUUUUAUCAUUUUGUGCAUUUUCAAGGACAUGAAACAAAUUUAGAAAGAAGUGAAAGUUUCCAUGGUAUCGUGAUUUCGUGGGAAAAAAGUAUAGAACAAAUUUUCAAAUAGUACAUGUAAGGAGGAAAGUUAAAUCCGUAAAUAUAACUUUCUUUUCUUAUACUUAGCACUACGAGGCCUUUCCUACAAAACAGAUAGCGUAAUUAAAGACAUUUAGUAUUACUUGAACAUGCUUUUGAAGUUUACACAUUUAUAAUAGUUAUGCAAUAACAUAGAUAUAUGUAUGUACAUGCACACAUACACACCUAUUUGUAAGAAAAAUUUGAAUAUGAAAUCAAGUUUGUGUAACUGUGAAUUAACAAUUUGCCUCACAGAUUAAGCGAUUAUACGUUUAUGCAUUGCACAAUCAUUACGUAAGUAGCACAAAAAUUGAGCAAAAAGUCUUAAUUGAUCAUUUCAUACAAUGAUUUACAAAAGUAUUAUAAAGCUGAAAUCAAAGUACUACAACACAUUGUGGAAAAUAGUCUCGUAUAGAUUAUAUGAUUUAUAAACACAAUGUUCAGUGGCUAUAAAAUUAAAUUGAAUGUUAAAUAUAAGAAGCAUGGAUGUAUGUAUACAUACAAAUUAGUAUAUAUGUAUGCGUAUAUGCAUAUGUAUUUGUCAAUUAAUUUCAAUUUAUUGCUUACACUUUGUCGCACAUGAAUUUAAAAAGUGUAAUUUUGAACAAAUUUAUAACUUAAUGCGCUAAUCUACACUAGCCUAGUCUGCUGUAACUGCUUCAGCACAGUCAUCGAUUUCCCUGAACCUCAGAAAAUUGUUAAACCACUGAAAUUGAAUAAAAGAUAUUCAAUUCACAGUGACAAUAUCCUGUUAGAAGCAAAUAUCUAUUUAUAUACACACAUUUGAAAGUGAAAUAGUUUCUUCUUUUUCUAAAUCGAAAGGAACUCAAUCAAUGUUUGUUAACAAAUUUAUAGAUACAUUAUUUUAUAUUUUUUUACGUGAUUGAUUGUUUAUAUUGAAUUUAUAGUCUAUAAAAUUGAUGAUUCGACAAUUCUAAUUUCAUUUAUAAAAUUGGAUUAUGUUAUAAUUUGAGCUGAGAUUAAAAGAGAUGAUAAAAAGUUAGUAUUAUAUGUACUAAAAGUAAUGUAAAAAAAAUGUCACGUCAUUUAUUAAUUGGAUUACAUCUUCAGUACAAAAAAAUACUUAUAAUAUUCUUCUUUAUUAAUUUCUUAGCUCACGACAAAUGAUCUAACAAAACAUAAACAUUGUAAGGUGCUAAAUGUAAGUACAAGUUUUAGGUUCAGGGACCAAAACAGGGCCUAUUGCUCUAUGCAGCAGUCUUCGAAAUAAUUGGUUUGAUUUGGGUAAAGUAUACUGAUGUAAAAAUGAUAAAAACAAAUUUUAUGCUGGUGACAUUGAUUUUUAUAUCUGUUAUACUUUUUUUUUAGAUAGCUACCGUUUUGCCUUGUAACUUUCAGUAUACUUUAUGCAAAGCUUUACCAGAUAUAUGUUCCUCGCAAGCAAAUCAUUUGUAAUGUCUUUUAAAAGAACCGAUAAUUAUAAGACAUUGCAAUUAUUAUAAGUACCAUAAUUGUUAUUGUUGUUGUUAUUGUUACAAAAAUGGAGUAUAAACUUUAAACAAAUUUGUCAUGUAUGCAACGCGUGCCAGAAUUGAAGCUUUCUCUUUAUACAAAAUCUAUUUAAUAGUUGACUAACAAUUACACAAAGCAAAAUGAAACACAGAACUAUAUUUUUUGCUAAUUCAAUUUUGUAUGGGAUAUAUUAACGUCAUUACCGUUAUUGUAAACUCUAAUUCCUUUUUGCAGUAUAGUUCUUUAAAAAACAAAUUUUAAAAGAGGGUAUAAUAAUAGAACUGUACAUUGUGUCGUCCUAAUAUGAACUGAAAGAAAGUAAAACAAAAAUCUAAAAACUUACUAUGUACAAAAUGCUUUGAUAUGUUUAAUCAUACAUUUCACUGAUUGUUGACUUGAAAUGGAAGCUUUCAGUAUGGGUCACACAAAAAAAAGAUAAAAAACAAAAAAUUACAUAUAAAGCCAACAUAGAUGUAUAAUAAUUACAUAAUUAUUUUUUGAAUUGAAUUAAUAUUUGCAACAUAAAAUAUCUUGAUUCAAAUAAAGCGCCUUGUUCACAUUCCAUAAGCCUAAUUAUGUGAAAAUAUUUAUUGCACUAAUGUUUUAUAAAUUAAAUAUCUAGACACAUAUUUACACAUAAUAUCUAAAAAAAAAAAAGAAACAUUGCAAGAUUGAUGUUACGUUAUAAAUUAUAUUGUGUGAAUAAUUUCUGUACAUAUUUAUAUAAACCUAAUAGCAGUCAAUAUUAACAUCAGCCUUAUAAAAUGAAAACGAAGAAAAUUUUAUUAAAAGAUAAGCUUUAAUCCCUUGAGGCUAUAUUUACUUAAAAAAAGUUAGUUUCCAUUUUAGAAAAUAUAUAUAGUGAUAAAGAAUUAUGCAAAAUGAACUAAAUUUAAUUAUAUAAAUUCAAAUACAAUAUUGAGGAGCAGUAUUAAUUAUUUUGAUUUUUUAGCGACACAUUUAGAUGUAAAUAUAUAUGGUUUUGAGCUUAAAUUUAUAAAAGAAAUAUAUAAACUGCUUAGUUCAAAAGAAAAAUAAUGGCUGUAAAUGCAUUGAAUUUGAUAGAUAAAAAACAUUUAUAUCUAGCUCUAAUUGCAAAAUGCAUAACUAUUUUCGUAUGAUCAUAAUCGAACACUCUGGAUGAGAUUACAUUGUAUCAUUAUUAAGCAUAAUUUUUUAUUCAGGUUUACAAAAUUUUUGAUAAAUAUUUCCCAGUAAUAAGGCAACAGAAUAUAAUACUUUUAUUAAAAACUAUUUAUACGCUGUUUCGCUUAAUUUUGUGUAGCAUAAGCUGCAUUUAAAGUUUGCAUGUUAAAAAUUAUAUUUAUUUUAUUUAUUUUAUAACCUAAGUACAAAACAUCUACAAAAGAUAGGGAAAUAUUAUUUUAAAUUUCUAAUGUCUAUAAAUUUAAGUCGUAUAAGUCGCUUUGCGAUAAACGUAUAUAAAUGUGUUAUAAUGAUAUGAAUGUACAUGAAAUACAAACAAAACGAUACAUUUUUUUAAAUAUUUAAAGAGCAUGUUUCUAAUGGAAAGAUGUAUCGUGAUGUUUUUAUUUCUUUUUCUUUAGACAAAUGCAUUCAAUGCAAAAACAUACAAAAAGAAGAAUCAUUGGAAAACUGACUGACAAAAGAAAUUCUGUUUGUCAUGAUGCAUCUGUUUGAUAUAAUUAAAAAUUACUAUCUCGAUAAGAUAAUAAAUAUGUAUGUAUAAAUAAAAUAAGUUCAUAAUGAAUCAUAAGAAACACAAGUCGUAUGUAUUCAAAAAUAAUUAAUAUGUUCCACUAAUAAUGCACAACGAUGCUUUUGACAAUGUCAAAGUGAUAGUCAAAUAGAAACUAAAUUGGUAUUUUAUAAUAAUAUAAGAAAACAUUUGCGCUGUUUAUGAUUUUGCAAUGAUAAAAUUCUCUUUAUGUAACUAGCAAAGCAUAAGGAAGAAUAACUAAAUAUAUAUAUAUUUAGUUACAUAUAUUAAUAUAGACAACAAUUGUUAUUCUGAGAUUACAGAACACAUUUAUAAUAAAGACAUUAUCUUGUGAUAACGCAAAUUUUAUAUGUUUAUAAUUUAUAUAGCGAAGUUACACACAAAGAUUUAAUAUUCGUUAAUUAAUUAUUUUUUAAAUAACGAAAUAUUGUAUGAAACUUUAUGCUGCAAGAAAAAAGGAAAAAAGGAUUCCUUAAUAAAUCGCAAAAUAUUCGUUUAUACCUCUUAUACUACCGCUUUUCUACACUUUGAUGCUACAAAUCUCAUAGUAUUUACUUUUAUUUAUAAACUAUUAUAAACUUUUAAUCCAUUUCACUACCUACAUUUCUUCCAACAUAUGUUUGAAAUUGUUUGAAAUUUGCAUUUAUAGUCUGCAAGAGUACCAAUAUUACAGCAUGCUUCAUAUUUGGCGCACUACUUAUUACCGACAUGUAAAUGGUACACGUGCUGAACAUGAAUUGCGUUUUAGAAAUACAGAACGGGGUAAAGAAAUACAAUGUAUAAAUGCCAAGUUUAAGUUACUUUUCGUUUACUUUACAAAUUACCGAAUAACAGGUAUUCGCCUGUAGUUUAUUCACAUUGACUACAACUAUGUAAAGUAUUAGGUUGGGCAAAAAGUUCGUUUGAUUUGUUGUGAUGGUUCUCUCUCUUCAAUUCGGAUGAUUACUAAUUUGACGAGGACUUCUACAAACGAAGAAUUACGAAUUUGUCCAAAAGAUGGGGAAAGAUCAUAGAACCAAAUGCACAUUAUGUCACAGACUAAAUAUACUUCCUUGUCUAAAAAAAAUCACUAUUUAUUUGUGUGUUGAAAUCCGAAGCUAAGAAUAGAACAUUUCCUUCGUUUAAACUUAAUUCCUGCU